AUGGGUGUACGCAUCCCGAUGCUGCUCCUGGUGUGGCUGCUGGUGUUGGUGGUGCUGGGGGAGCCUGGGUCGCCUGAAGAAAGCCGGACGUCAGGUCUUAAGAACACCACGAGCAUCAGACUCCUCUCAAUGCCAUGUGGCCACCGGAAUGAAAUUCGGUCACUCAUAGUAGGCGGGACAGAAUCCGUGCGAGGGCGCUGGCCGUGGCAGGCCAGCCUGCGCUUGAGGAAGUCCCACCACUGCGGAGGAAGCCUUCUCAGCCACCGAUGGGUGCUCACGGCUGCACACUGCUUUGGAAAGUUCCUUGAUCCAGCCAAGUGGACAGUCCAGCUUGGGCAGCUUACUUCCAAGCCAUCUCUCUGGGACAGGAAGGCCUACUCUGACCGGUACAGGGUAAAAGACAUCAUCAUAAACUCCGAAAACACAAAGAAGUUCCACGACCUCGCCCUGCUGAGGCUGGCCUCCUCGGUCACCUACAGCAAGUACAUCCAGCCCAUCUGUGUGCGGUCCUCCACCUCCACGGUCCAGCGGCAGCCCAGCUGCUGGGUGACCGGCUGGGGCGUCCUUCAGGAGGACUUGAAACCUCUGCCACCACCCUACCACCUCCGAGAAGUGCAGGUCACCGUCCUGAACAACAGCAGGUGCUAUGAACUGUUCAGAAGGGUUUUUUUCCACCUCUUCAUCAGCAGUGACGUGUUCUGCGCCGGUGCUGAGGAUGGGAGUGCGGACACCUGCAGGGGUGACUCAGGAGGUCCUCUGGUCUGCAACAUGGAUGGUCUCUGGUAUCAGAUUGGGGUCGUGAGCUGGGGAGUAGGCUGUGGGCGGCCCAGCCUACCUGGCGUCUACACCAAUGUGACUCGUCACUACAACUGGAUCGAGAGCACCAUGACCCUUAGUGGUGCCGUCAGGCGUGAGCUGGCCCCGCCCCUGCUGUUCCUCACUCUGCACUGGGCUCGCUGGCUUUUGAGGCCCACCUGA